UUGUUUGACUGUCAUGAAUUUUGUGAAAAAUCUGAAAUUUCUAAUGGUGAAAAAGUAAUUUUCCAAAGUGAUACAUAUAGCUAUUCUCAUUAUUAUGACUAUUCCCAGUUAAUUCGCCGUAAUCAGACCUCUCCAAUUGGUAGUGAAAAUUUUGAGGAACCGGUUACUGAUGAGGAAAUAAAUAUGAAAUUCCCCUUUACAUUACACGGUUCUAAUAUCAGCACAUUCAGUGGAGAUGAUAGUGGAAGAAUUUAUUUAGAUCGAAAUGGAGCUUUCGCAUCAGUUAACAACGAUGUCACAUCGGAAUUUCAGUGUGAAACUGAGAUUUCGGAUCGAGAGGAAUUUUUAGCUGUCAGAAAAUUAUGUCCUACAAACAUUGAUGAUAAAAGUGAUACAAUCAAGGUGAUGUACGUGAUACACUCGAAUGGGAAGAUAUAUUUCUAUUAUGAGAACAUUCCUAGAGGACUAAACAAAAAAGUUUUCGAAUCGGGCUUUGGUUAUUAUAUCACGUGUGAAAAAGAUUAUAAAGGGCCUACAAUAUAUGUUCCUGAUGAAUGGAUCGAAAGUGGAACGCUAGUGGAAUAUGAAGUUCUCGGUGAUUGUCCAAAUCACAAUUCAUUUGAAGCAUGUCGAGGCGGAGCAACACCGAAUCCAAAGUGUAUUUGGUGUGAAAUAGCCAAUACAUGCAUCACUACAAAUGAUAAGGAUGAUCAUGACUUUAAAGAAAAUGGUUGCCGAAAUAAAAGUUCGAUUGUCGAGGUUUCCAGCGAACCAACAACUAUAGCAACUACUGAAACUGAUCUAAUAAAUGGAUUGAAGGAGACUAGUGGAAGCACUGAAUCACAUUUGAACAUGACCACCGAUACAACAAUAGAAGUAGAGAAAAGAAAAUCACCGCAAUACGUGUACAUCGUUGUACCAUUAGUUAUAUCUUUCCUUAUUGUAUGCAUUGGCAUUGGCAUUUGGCUGUGGUUCUACAGAAGGAAGAGAGUUUAUCCAUAGUCCCAACAAACAGUUUGUCACUUGUUUUCAUCAAGUUGACUUUGUUUUGUUCAUUUUUUAGUUUAGUAAACACACUUUCAAUUUUUUUAAUCAUUUCAAUACAUUGAAGAUUGUUUCAUGGAACUGCAUAUCACAUUGAUGAUUGUUUACGUAAUGACUGAUGUCACUUUGUUGGUAGAAUAUAAAAAUAUAAUUUUUUGUAUUUA